AUGGCUGCUUAUCAGAGCAACAUCGCCAUCUCUGAGCUUCAUCCCAACUUCUCUCAUCCGAAAGUGUCAGGCAUGAUCAUCUGGAAAACCGACGUGAAAAGCUUCCCUGACAGGAAAAAUGUUGGUGCGGACAGAUUCACUUUUGGCUUCACUAUCAAGGACUCGCCUGAGUUUUUCAUUAAUGUGGCAGCCUGGGGGAGCGAUGGCUACAUCAACGGCCUCUCCAACAGCUUCAGCAUUGGAGACUGUGUCAUCGUUGAAAAUCCGUUGGUCGCCAACAAAGACCCAGAGAAAGAUGAGCGAUUCUCUCCCACAACGCCAAGUCUCUACAGGCUCCUGCUGACGGAGGCUCACUCCCAGGUGUCCCUGUGUGCCGACAUGGACACCAUCGACAGACUGCUGCCACUCAUCCACCUGCCAGCGAAGGACUCCAGAGACUUUUACACACUGGGAGACAUAGUGGCCAACGGGCAGCAGCUGGAUGGCACAGUGGUCAAUAUACUGGCUGCAGUGAGAUCGACUGGGGAGCCAAGGCUGUUCACCACUUCAGAUGGACGCAAAGGCCAGAGGCUGGAAGUGAAGCUCUUCGACGACUCCGUCUCAUCCUUCCCCGUCGUCUGCUGGGACAGAGAAGCCAUUCAGUUUGCGCAAACCUGGAUACCCAAGGAGACGGUUCUCUUCAUCGCCGACGCAAAGAUCAGCUUUGACAGCUUCCGCAGUGGCAUGACAGCGAGCGUCAACUCGAAAACCAUUAUCACCGUGAACCCCGACACCAGGGAGGCCAGCCUGCUGUUCAGCUACGCCAAGCAAGUGUCGGAGUCUGGAGCUCUGGAUCAAGAUGAGAAGCCAGAGGACGUUCCUGUGGAUUCCAUCGUCGACGUGUACACCGUGACCCAGCUGAAGCAGAAGGCCCACGAGAGUGCUGAUAUUUUCUUUGGAAUCACGUACAGCUUCAUCUCCAAACUCGACCUCGACUCCUCUGUUUCCAAAGUCAUCAAGACACGGUGCUCCAGGUGUAAGUUCCAGGUGACUGAGGAUGCACAGAGUUGUACCAACCAGCUGUGCACUGGGGCGGAUCAGGGGCUGUCAGCCACCACUGGAUUUGACCUGCUGGUGGACUUCACAGAUCACACCGGCACCCUGCACGCCUGCACCCUCAGAGGACCAGUGGCAGAGAAGACACUUGGCUGCACAACAAAAGAGUUCACCAGUCUGACCGACGAUGAGCGAACGGCAAAGAAGUGGAAACUUCUUUUGGAGAGAUGCAAAGUAUACGUGAAGGUCCUGCCUUCCACUAAGACGAGGAGCGGGAUCAGGGGAGAGGUGGUCGCCUGCUCCCUGUCCGACCCCGGGGAGGUGAAACAGCACAUGUCUGCCCUGUUGAGCCUCUGA